UGUGGUUCAAUCUUCUCCAUCCUUACUAAUAUGGCCACAAUUGUUUAAUUUUGCCAUUUUUAAUUAUGUAUCUAUGGUUAAAUUUAGUUUUUUUUUUUAUUUUUAAAUAGUCUUAAAAGGAAUCAACAUUUCGCUUUUCUAUGGUACUAUAUUUCCCGCCUUCGGUGUUACUUGUAUAUUUUGGGUUUCUUCUAAUCUGUGAACUGUAUCUCUGAAUUUAUUAUAUCAAUUUCCUGUUUUCCAGGAAAUUAACAACUAUCGCGUACAACAACUACCCACAAUUGAUAUUUCAAAUAGCUAAAGUUAAAUUGUGGGUAGUAAAUGCUGUGAGCAAAAAAUGGCAGUGUUAGAAAAACUCUACAUUAAAGGCAUUCGAAGUUUUGGGCCAAAUGACGAAGAAAAAGUACGGUUUUCAACACCAUUAACUUUAUUCUUAGGGCAAAAUGGCUGCGGCAAGACCACAAUAAUCGAGUCCUUAAAAUAUGCCCUAACAGGAGAUUUACCUGGUGGAGUAGGUAGUGGUAAUGGCUUUGUUAAUGAUCCUAAACUUUCAAAUAAAAGUUCAACUAAAGGUUAUGUGAAGGUUAGGUUCAGAGACUAUAGGGGUGAUUAUGUUACAGUGGGUAAAUUUGUGGAAGUUCAGGCAAAAAGUGAUGGAAAGUUAACUUUUAAAAGUUCAAAUCCUUCGUUGAGAUGGGAGGAUGGAAAGCAUAUUAAAGAGCCUCAAGAUAUAGCAGGGCGACAUAUAAAUAUAGACGCGUACUGUGCUCAAAAAUUAAAUGUUUCCAAAGCAAUUCUGAAUAAUGUAAUAUUCUGUCAUCAAGAAAAUGCUGCAUGGCCUCUUGAUGAAGGAAAAAAACUGAAAGAAAAAUUUGAUGAGAUUUUUGGUUCAACAGAAUAUAAUAAAUGUGUGGAUAGGCUUAGAAAACAGAUUGGAGGGCAGAGAAACCACAUUAAAGUGAUAAAAGAACAACUUGAAGUUAAAAAACAAUUUAAACAAAAUGUUGACAGAAUUAGGUCGUCUUUAGAGGCACAUGAAGCACAAGUCGAAACAAUUAAAAUAAAUAUUGAUAAAAAAAAAGCAGAAAUUGAGCCUAUGAUGCAACGAAUUCAAGAAAUUUUGGAUCUUGAACAGGUUUUAGGUAGUUUACAAGAGGAAUUAUCUGGAAAGCAAAAUUAUUUGGAAGGUAUUGAUCAGCAUCAGCAGAUAUUAAGGUCACAUUUGGAUGUCGAAUUUGAUGGAACUGACCAGCAGUUGGAGGAAGAACUUGAAAACUUUAAUAAGAGACGGGGAAAUAUUGAAAGAGAUAUAAAAGAAAAAGAGGACAAAAGAGUUCAAUUUGAAGGAAAAAUUGUCGACUUCAAUAAAGAAUUGCAGAGUUUGCAAUUGUAUUUAGGCAAACUAAGUGAAGAAGCCAAUCAGAUUAAAAGCAAAUCCACUGAGAGGGAUGAAUUGAUUGAAAGGUUAAAAGUUAAGGUAAAUCUAGUUUGUGAGGAUGAAGAAUCAUUUGACUCGGUUUUGGAGAAACUGAAGGUUAACAUUAAAAAAUUAGAAGAAGGAUUUUUAAAUAUUGGAAAGGAAAUAGAAGCCGAGGAACAGAAGCUGCAAUAUGCCGUUGAUGAAGUAAGAGACAAAUAUACUAGUUGUAAGGAAAAUAUUUUCUCAAAAGAAAAUAUUAUAAAAGAAAUGUCUGAAUCUAAAAGAAGUUUAAGAGAAAAAUUGUCUCAGCUAAGUACUUCAAAUUCUCAAUUAAAAUUCAUCGAAGAUCAAGUUAGAAAUGUGGAAGAGAAACUAAAGAAGAAAAAAAAAGACUUUGAUGAGUAUCAGCAAAUUCAAGAAAUAGAUGAAUUAAAAGAAGAAAUUCAACGCAAAGAAAAUGCUUUAACUCGAUUGGAAAAGGAGCAUAAAGUCUUGCAACAAAAUUAUGUUAUACAGAGAACCAUUGAUCGACAACAAGCUGAAAUAAUAGACUGGAAGGGAGAGAUUGAAGUUAUAAAUAAAAAACACGAAGACAAUUUUGUAAAAUUGUUCGGCAAUGCAAUUCCAGAGGUCAACUGUGCCAUCAUGCUUCAGGAUAUUCAAAAUAGGGAGGAAACGAAACUAACCAAAUUGCGCAAAACUAUUUCCGAACAUGAGAAGAAAAUAGCAUCAAUUGAAGCUGCUGUAAAGCAUUCAAAAGAGAAUCUAAAAAAUAAUGAGGAAGAAUUGAAAAUAAACCAGAAGAAAAUCCAACGUGUCUGUCAAGGAAAGGAUUUUGCAGAAACGUUACAGGAAUGUUACAACAGAAAGGAGAAACUUCAAAAAGACAAAGGAACAUAUAGAUCAGCCAAAGUUAUGUAUGAAGCAUUCAUUAACGAAUUUGAGAAAGAAGAACCCUGUUGCCCAAUUUGUGAGACCGAUUUUUCAAACAAGAAAGGAUUUACUGCAAACAUCAUCAAAAAGCUCAGGCAUAAAAUUGAGGAAAUACCAAGGAAAUUAGCGUCGAUAGAAGCUGAUCUGAACAAAGAAGAAGAGCUUUAUGGUCAAUUACAGCAAUUGAAGACCGUCCACGAUAAUGUUCAAAUGAUUCAAGAUGGUAAAAUUCCAUUAUUUGAGCAAGAAUUACAAGAAGCGAGAGAAAGGCUAGACGAGACCGCAAUGGAAUUAGCCCUAUUGAAAAGUCAAUUGCAGGAACCGCAGGAAAUCCUUGAAAUAUGUAAGAAAGUAAUAUCCGACGUAACUCUACUAGAUCGCCUAAACUUGGAUCUCGCCAAAAGCGAGGAAUCUGUUGAAUCAUUGAAAUUAGAACUGCUGAAGGUGCCUUCGAAUCGGUCGCUAGAAGAUACCGAAUCCGAAGUGGCAAGCAUUAAGGCUGAACUGUCUAAUCUUAGAAAAAAACAUGAAAAUAUGAAAUCUCUUUUCGAUCAAACAAAGGAGAGCAUUCAGAGUUUAAAUGCUAAUCUCCAAAAUGAAAUUCAAAAGAAGUUGGAAGUCCAAAAAUUAAUGCAGGAAAAGCCGUUGAUUGAAAAGCAAUUGAGUGAGACCAGUAACAAAUUGACCAAAACCAAAGAGGAAAUAGAGUCCUUAAAGAUGGAAGUGUCGUCUUUGAAAACCGAACUUGAAACUGCUCAAAAGAAUCGCGCCCACAUUGUGCAGAAAAAUAAAAAAUUGCUCGAGCAAAAAAGGUUGGACCUCGAGUCGAUUAAACGUGUGUUCGACGACGUUCAGAAAUCGCACAAUAUCAUCAAACGUUACGAAGCCAGCGGAGCCUGCGAGAGGCUGGAAACGACCAAUAGCAAGAUCCAAAAUCAGUUGGAAAAGAUUGCAAAAUUAGAGGAAGCUAAGAGAGUGUUAAACGAAGUAAUUUCAAACAAGAAGCAAGAUAUGGCAGGGGAAGAGAGUAGACUAAGAGCUUUGCAAGACAACAAGGAGUUGCGGGAUUCUAGAAAAAAGAGCGCAAAGAUCGAGUCGGAGAUACAAGAACUUAAAAAGCAAAUCGGCAAUCACAACUACUCCACAGUUUUCAAAGAAAAAAAGCGGCUUGAAAGUAAUAUGGACGCGAAACGCAGGGAAGUCGACAUAAUGUUAGGGGAGCAGGGGCAAAUUCAGGCAAGCAUUAAAGGCUUCAACGCGGAACUGAGCAAACCCGAAAAUAAACACGCCGCAGCAGAAUACUUAAAGAAGUAUUACGAGCUGAGGGUGGAAGAGUUGGCGAUCAGCGAUUUAGAAGUCUAUACUAUUGCUCUAGAAAAAUCCAUCCUCUUGUUCCACAAAGAAAGGAUGAUUCAAAUAAAUAAAACAAUCAGGGAGUUGUGGAGAGCCAUCUACAAGGGCAAUGACAUAGAUUACAUUGAAAUUCAAAAUGAAGAUACUAUCGGCAACACGAGAAAGAGGAGGAAUUACAAUUACAAAGUGGUGGAAGUUAAAAAGGGCGUUCAGUUGGAGAUGCGCGGCAGAUGUAGCGCUGGACAAAAAGUGUUGGCAUGCCUGGUUAUUCGGAUGGCACUGGCGGAAACGUUUAGUGCCAAUUGCGGAAUUUUAGCUCUCGACGAGCCAACAACUAAUCUCGACCAGGAUAAUAUUUCUAGUUUGAGCGACGCGAUAUCUAAAAUCGUCACUGCACGGGAGAAACAAAAGAAUUUUCAGCUGCUGGUCAUUACACAUGACGAAGAGUUUUUGCAGACACUAACUAGGGACCAGAGCACAUCCCACUACUACCGCGUAUCGAGAAAUCCCGACGGCUUUUCUCAAAUCCGUAAAGAAAUCCUGUAAUACUCUUGUUCUUAUUAUAUAAAAUUUCCAUAUUUGAUAUAUACCGUUUGAAUGAUUUUUUGGCAAGAAAAAAUCAAACCCAUAACAUUUUCAAUUAUUGUUUCUGUGGUAUAAUAUUUCAAUUCGACUACGAAAAUAAGCACAUAUAAAUAAUAAAAUCUGUUAGAUACUGUUUUUUAGUACAACUCUUUUUCAUAUUUUAAAUGAAAGUUUCAGUUGGCACAAGGAUAUUAAACAUGUUCAGCGCAAUUUGUUUUCUAGAA